AUGGCAUUGGCUCGUCUGGUGGAGCGAAUCGAGCGAACGCUCUACGUGCACUAUGAGGAUAGCUUCGUGUAUUUCUUUGAGCCCAACUUUGAAGCACUUCCACCGGAGCUACUGAUCCAACUGUUCCAGUAUCUGAAUCCCAGCGAUCGUAGUGCGGCGGCACUUGUCUGUCGGUCCUGGUACGAUGCGUUUCGGUACAUCAAGUUCCAACGAGCAGUACGCCUUCACAUCCACGACAUUGAGUUCGUCGACAACGGACAUCCACUGAAGGGACUGAUGACGUCCUUCCGCUACUUUACGGACGUAUGCAUCACCAAGGUAGUGUUCGGUAACAAGAGCGAGUUCUGGAGCGAGUUCGGCUACGGCAUUGAGGAGCUCACGUUCGACAACUGUGUCAUCUGGAAGCACAAGCUGGCGUCGAUCUUGAAGUACAUGCCACGGUUGCAUCGUCUCAACAUCUUCAACUGUCCGGAUCUGUUCAAAACCUGGAAGCUGAUCGAGAACACGACGGUCACUUGGAAUCUGGUGAUGCCGGAGCUAAGGCACAUCAGUCUCGCCCGAAACAACCGCUUCCUGGAGCAUCAUUUCGAUUAUCUGGUGCAGCUGGCACCUAACCUCGAUUCGAUCGAUGUGUCCGAAUGCUUCAGCAGUAUCGAAGCCCGACAGCGAGUGCUAAUGCUCAACCAUAUACUCGACUUUGUUCGUACGACCCGGACCCGGUUGCGGCAUCUCUUCCUCUGUGGUACACCGAUCGACAACGUAUUUCUGCGUGGACUGGCCGAUGUUCGCGAUCUGUCACUCCGCAGUUUGGGGCUGAUGGUUUGCGAGAAGAUUCCCACCAACGAACCGGGCAUUAUCGAUCUAUUGCGAGCACAAACUGCCCUCACGCAUCUGGACCUAUCGAAGUCGCUUGCGUUGAACGAUUCCGCGCUGAUACAGAUCUCCCAAUCGAUGCCACAGCUCGAAACGCUAAUCCUCAACCGGUGCUGGAUGAUCACGGACUAUGGCAUCACGGCGAUCAAGCGUCUGGUCCGGCUGCGCCACAUCGAUCUGACCAACUGUGAGCGCAUUACCGAUGUCGGGCUGGUGGGCGGUCUGUUCACACAUAAUCGCCGAAACGUGCGCAAGCUGUAUCUCGGGCUGCUGACCAACAUGAGCGAUGCGGCACUCACGAAGGUGUCGUUCGAGUUCUGUGACCUGGCGGUGCUUGAUCUGGGCGGAUGCUCGAACAGCAUCAACGAUCUGUCGAUACAGUACAUCUUUUACCACAUGACGAAGCUGCAGGAGCUAAAUUUAGACUGCUGUGCGAAGGUGUCGGAUGCCGGCAUUACGGGUGUUAACCUAGAGGAGAAAGCAUUCGCGAUCUGGGAUAUCGAGCUGUGCUUCUCGAUCGCCGAUCUAGUCGGUUUGAGGUCGUUAAAAUUAUCCGGCUGCUACAAAAUAACUGACUACUCCUUUGAGCGGUGUUUCAACUUCCGGGAACUGAAGGAGCUCAGUCUUGCCCGAUUGCUGCAGAUCACCGAGCGUGGACUUAACCGGCUCGUGCUCGGCUGCCCAUCGCUCGAGGUGGUCGAUCUCAGCGAGUGCCGCACGAUCACGGAUCGCUGCAUCGAGAUCAUCACCAAAUGUGAGCCCCGUCUAACCACACUCAAGCUCCAGAACUGUUCGUUGAUAACGGAUAAGUCCAUCAAGUGCAUCGUCGAAAAUUGCCGCGUACUGCGUGUGCUGAAUAUUCGUGGAUGCAUUAAAAUAUCGUCCUACGCAGAAUCGAAGCUGUCCGCGGUGAAAUCGUUGCGACAUCUACACGGAACCACACCGGAAGUUAUUUAA